AGAUAUGGAAAUAAUCUUAUCGCUAUCAGUCAGGACUGUCUUUUUGACUAUAAAUAUACAUGGAUGCGCUGAAUUAUCACGUUCAGCUAACGGUUGUGAGAAGAAGCGCUCUAGAACUAACUUUUCUGUGAUUUGAACUACUUAUUCUACUUAUAAUGAUGAAAGCCACCCUCCUCCUAGCCGUGCUAGCAGUGCUGGGCGCUCAAAGCGCUGUGGUCAAGGCACCAGUGGAGAUCAAGGAGCCAGUGGUUGCCAAGGCCACUCCUGCCCUGAGGUACAACCUCAACUUGGGGUACGUCAGCGCUGGAGACAGGCUGCUGUACAGACAAUACCUGUACCAGCCCGCAAUCGCCAACGCUAUUCAGUCCCAAGACUUCAUCUACCGCGGUAACGCCACAACAAGGAUAUCAGCUAUCCAGGUCAAUGAAGUUGGCUACACACAGUACGCGAUACCUUCACUUAUAUCUGGUGGUCUCAAUCGCAACAAUGUUACUAUUAGGAUAACGUCUGCUAGAGGCUAUGGCUACUAUUAUUUGAUUGAUAUUUGGGGCCGUUAAAAUAUAAUAAUUUUCUUAUAGUCUGUUAUAUAUAAGUUGUGGGGGCGCCACCUACGUCUUAAAAAAUUAAGUUAGUUAAAAUUUAUUCGGUUGCCAGUCUUCGUCUUCGUCAACUUGUGUUUUACUCUAUUAAUUUGUUUUUGUUAUGUUAUAACACCUGAAAAGUAAUUAAUCUUCACAUCCACAUCAAAAAUCUCCACAUUCACUGAUCUUACAUUACAAAGUUGAUGUUAAUAAGAACAUGCUCGUUUGUUCGUUACUUUUGUACUUUUUAUUAAAUAAAUUUUGAUUUUUUUUAACAAA